CCCAUCCCGAAUCAUGUCGCUCUGGCAGUGCGUUGGUCGCCCGAUUUGCCCUUGCCCACGCUGACCUUUGCCCUUCAGGAAAUACCGCGCCACGGCCCCCAAAACCCGCCUCUUGCUGGGCGUGGGCCUGAUGGCUUACGGCGCCUUUGGCCUGUUCGCCAGCGACGAGGCCGAGAAGGCUUUCAACAUGGUCCCUACCGAAGAAGAAAAGAAGAGAUUGGACAGCGCCAUGCCCAAAAUCCACAUCGUGGACCAGGACGACAAGCCGCUAGGAAGCAUUCGGUAAUCUAGAGGAAGACCUGCGUGCAAAUAGGCGCAAAAGCAAGCGCGUAGCGCUCUGGAAAAUACUCCUUGAAUGAUCGGAGAUGAGAUUACAAAGCCGAAUCGUGGAUCUCGACAUCAUCCGCAGCAUCACGCUGUGUAUUGCUAUGCCUUUAUUAUAGAGGUGGGUGUUCUGAAUAUCACUACAAUUCAUCCAAAGGCCCCAAAGUUCUCUCUGCAAGUCCUCCGCUUCAUGACAGCCAAUCUCUAGCCUCGCUGCGUUGUUGUAGAUGUAGCUACUGCUGCAAUCAAAUUAUGUUAACCUUGCUGCUGUGCCAAUAUUAUCUUCUC